AUGGGCGGAUUGAAAUUAUUGAUCAGGGCGAUGAGUGACAUGAAUGUCACACUUCUCAGCUACGAAGUGCGCUAUGGGAUCCUACAAGCUGGUCACUACGGCACUCCUCCAACCCACGUGCGAUUUUGUAUGGUCGUGGCAAACCCGCAUCACGCUCUUAUUCUUCGUGGGGCAUGUCGUGCUUACUUGAGGCUCAACAAUGCAAAGAAGGGCGAACCUUGGUGCGACGCUCUCCUUGCGAUGUCUGAAGAUACCUUCCGGGCCCUGAAUGAUAUGGGCGGCGAUACCAAUGUGGAAGUCGACGCGUGGGUGGUGAAGGGCGAGGCAAUGCUGAUUUGUGAAGAGUGGGAAGACGCAGUGCGGCCGGGUCCCAUUGGCCCCAUAGGGGCGCAAUGA